AUGGGCUUUGCUGUGAAGAAGCGACACACUAGGUUAAAACAUCAGCCUGAUCCUGAGUUCAAGUUUCUUGAAAAGGGCACGAAAGCUACUCUCGGGAGCCGUCAGAAAAAAAGUUUACUCCUACAGAACGGGGAAUCGUUAGGGUCUGUUCUCACCGGAAAAAAGCAGCUAUUUCAUCCAGACGAAUUAUCGGAAGAGGUUGACCAAUUGGCAGAGCUUAACGAUGAAGUCAAGACCUUUCCCACUAUCGAAGAAAUCGUAAAGCCGAGCCAUAUCUCUAUGGAGACGGGGGAUCUUGAAGAGGAGAAAAAGCCUAAUGAAGACGUUGCUACAAAUAUAGGGACCUCUUUUUCGUCAUUGGCCCCAACUUAUGACAUGGGGUUAUUGAACCAACGUAUUAGAGAUUCGCUGCUUAUUCUUGGUGACUUUAAAACGCGUGCCCCUCCUGGAUUGACUCGUAAAGCUUGUGUCACUUCACUCAUCGACGAUCUUUGCCAGCGUUAUUCGUAUAGCCGUUUUAUGAUGAACUUGCUCUACGAUCUGUUCCCAAAGGAGAUACUCGAAGUCGUGGAAUCUAACGAAACCGAUCGCCCUGUUACUAUUCGAACCAAUACACUUAAAACUCGGCGAAGAGAUCUAGCUCAAGCUCUCAUUAAUCGUGGUGUAAACUUGGAUCCUUUGGAACCGUGGAGCAAGGUUGGACUUGUGGUGUAUUCUUCCCAGGUCCCCCUGGGUGCUACACCGGAAUAUCUUGCUGGACAUUACAUUCUUCAAGGCGCCUGCUCUAUGUUGCCUGUUAUGGCCCUGGCCCCCAAGCCUGGUGAGCGAAUACUUGACAUGUGUGCAGCACCAGGUGGGAAAACUACAUACAUCGCUCAGCUAAUGAAGAAUACGGGUUCCAUUUUUGCCAAUGACGUCAGUGUGGAAAGAGCCAAGGCCCUGCUUAGUAACUGCCAUCGUAUGGGCGUGGUUAAUACGGUUGUUUGCGUGGAGGACGGUCGGAAGUUUCAUAACCUUAUGGCUGGCUUCGACCGUGUUCUCCUUGAUGCGCCCUGUUCUGGUACUGGAAUUAUUGCAAAAGACCCCUCCGUAAAAACACACAGGAGUGACGAAGACAUUAAGCAGCGUGUAUUGCUACAAAAACAGUUAAUCCUCGCCGCAAUCGACUGUUGCAAGGUUGGCGGCUACAUCGUCUACUCAACCUGCUCCAUCACCAUAAACGAAAACGAAGGAGUAAUCGACUACGCUCUCCGCAAGAGAAAGGUCCAAUUAGAGGAGACCAAUUUGUUUGGAGAAAAGGGUUUUACGAGUUUUAAGGGAUUACACUUCUCACCGAAGAUGAAUCGAACACGACGCUUCUACCCCCACAAGCAUAAUGUGGAUGGCUUCUUUGUAGCGAAGUUGAAGCGGCUGGAGUAA